UUUUGUGAUUCUCAGAAGUCAGCAUUCAUCGCUUGUCAUUUUCUCUCAAUCCAAACAUGUGUCCCAUGUGGCAAUUUCAUUAGUCCAAAUCUUCUCUUCUUCAAUUCCAUCAACAAAUAUUCUUGCUCAUAAUUUUUUGUUUUAAUGUGAAUGAAUCCCUUCACAUCUUAUCCACGCAUAUCCAUGAAAUUUUUGUGAUAGAUUUUGUUUUCCCAUUUUGGAUUUAUUAGUUCUUGAUCCCACUUUCAUCGUCGGAUUCUGGAUUCUGUGUGGAAAUUCUCUUUUUUUGAUCCAGAAGCUUGAGUAUUUGACCUUCCCCACCAAAGGGGAGCUUUGCCAAAGCUUGCCCUGUUUUUAUUUUCUUGUUUUCAGAUGGCUCCUGCCUUUGUUUCCUUGAAAUCAUUGCGUUUGUAGCCUGAAUAAUUUGCUUCCACUUCUUCACUAAACAAGCAUUCUUUUUCAUCGUUUCCUCUGAUGCAGCAGCUACUUGUUACUCCUGAUUCUACCCCCUUGAGUUACUGGUUAAGCUGGAGAGUAUUGCUAUGUGCAAUCUGUGUAUUCACCCCUAUGGUUGUAGCUGUAUUUAUUACAUGGAAACAUGAAGGUUUUGAUCAUUUGAGAUCUUGCGGAGGGAAAACUCAGCAAAAGAUUAACCAUUCAUUGUUUGAAGAUAGAGCUUGGAGACCAUGUCUUAAACAAAUCCAUCCCAUUUGGUUGUUGGCUUAUCGAGUUAUCGCUUUCUCUGUGCUUUUGGCAUCGCUUAUUGCUAAAGUUUCUGAGAAUGGAUUCGUCAUGUUUUACUACUAUACUCAGUGGACUUUUACUUCUGUUACCAUUUAUUUUGGGUUUGGGGUACUGCUCUCCAUCUGUGGGUGUUUCCAAUAUCAUAAAAUGGGCACCGCUGCAUCUAAUAUCCAUCACAUUACGGAUGAUGCUGAACAAGGGUACCACGUGCCUCUAAUAUGCGAGGAAAGAUUAAAUGUACAUAAUGCAAGAAAAAUCUCAAAUACCGAAGAGGAAAUUUACACUUUUCAAAUAGCAACUGUGUGGAGUUAUCUCUUCCAAGUUCUGUACCAGAUGAAUGCUGGAGCAGUGAUGCUCACUGACUUUGUUUAUUGGGCCAUUAUUUUUCCAUUUCUUACCAUCAAAGAUUACACUAUGAAUUUUUUGACAGUUAAUAUGCAUACAAUCAAUGCUAUCUUACUCCUUGGUGACACGGCUUUGAAUUGUCUGCCAUUUCCUUGGUUCCGGUUUUCUUACUUCAUUCUAUGGACGGGUGCUUUUGUCAUUUUCCAGUGGAUUAUCCAUGCUUGUAUAUCAAUUUGGUGGCCAUAUCCAUUCCUUGACUUGUCAUCACCAUAUGCUCCAUUAUGGUACUUGCUAGUAGGAUUGCUGCAUUUACCAUGCUAUAGUUUCUUUGUGCUAAUUACCAAAAUGAAACACAAUCUGUUAUCAAAAUGGUUUCCUCAAUCUUAUGAAUGUCUAUGAUGAUGAAUAUAAAACAUUUGAAUGCUGCUUCACUGCAUAUGAGGCUCCAUUAAUACAUCCUCAAGUUAACCCAGUUGUAUGAUAUAGCAGAUGGUAGUCCUGUGAUACUCAAUAGUUCUGUUUUGCUUCAAUGGAAUCAAGACUGAAUCCAUACAGGAUGUUUACAUGAUGUUCUACACUCGAGCAGCAUUUUACUUCAUUCUCUUCAUUCUCUGUAGGAUUAGAACUCCCUAGUAGAUGUCAGAUUCAGGGCUCUUAGUUCUUUCCAUUGGGCCAUGGAUUGUAUUUGCCCAGUUCUAACAUUGUCUCUUUGAUCCAUGAUCAUGAGUUAACUGAGAUUGUGUACUUUUUUUACCUUAAAGAGGAGGCUGGGAUGUAAAACUGAGGUUGGAAUAAUGCUGUAGUUGCAAAUGAAUAAUAAUCCAUUUCUUGCUCGAUUGCA